CCCAUAACUUAACUCCCUUUUUGAGCACCAUAGUCUCCAUAUUCAAAUGUCGGAAAGGGAAAGAUGGGUAGCAAUGAGUACGGAGCACGAAGCAUUGCAUCUCUUCUUCUUUACAUUUACAGUAACAGAGGUUUAUGCUUUAUAUAGGGCCCCACUUUCUUCUCCCUUGAACAUUCUUGGGUUUCCAUUUUUGGCUUUAAUCAAUGCCAAGCAACCUAACUUUUUGGCCACUCUCCACUCCUAAAUCUAUCUUCCCUUUUCACUAUUUACAAAGAAUCAAAUUCACUGUUUUUCUAUCUUUUUUCGUUUUCCCCAGGAGAUGAAGCCCUCCAAGUUUGUGACUUCUGUUGGUUCUAAAAGACGAAGAUCCUUUUCUAUAAAGUCCCUUCCUACUCUGGCUUUGCUCUGUGCCACGGUUUUCAUUGGCAGUGCAUUCGUUGUAACGGAUCAUGGGGAGAGUUUCUCACCACAGGGCAUACUAAAUAUUUUUCUGAGAACAAGAUCGAAGAAUUGCGAGGGGCAAUGUAAACCUAUUGGAACUGAAGGAUUGCCAAAGGGUAUUAUUUCGAGCACUUCUGACUUAGAAAUGCGACCACUGUGGGGUACACCAGUUAAGAAGAAAUCAAAUCUGAACUUGUUGGCCAUGGCUGUUGGUUUGAAGCAGAAGGAAAGUGUGGAUAAAAUCGUGAGGAAGUUUGUAGGAUACAAUUUUGUCGUGAUGCUUUUUCAUUAUGAUGGCAAUAUGGAUGACUGGAAGGACUUGGGGUGGAGUACCCGUGCAUUGCACAUUGUUGCUACCCAUCAAACUAAAUGGUGGUUUGCAAAGCGUUUCUUACAUCCUGAUAUUGUAUCUCAAUACUCGUACAUUUUCCUCUGGGAUGAAGACCUUGGAGUUGAAAAUUUCAGUGUACAACGCUAUUUAUAUGUCAUCAAGAAAGAAGGUCUAGAGAUAUCUCAACCUGCACUUGAUCCUGAUAAAUCAGAGGUUCAUCAUAAACUUACAGCUAGACAGAAGGGCGCACUUGUGCACAGGAGAAUCAACAAAGUCCUUCCCGGUGGGAGAAAGUGUGAUGAAAAUAGUACUGAACCUCCUUGCACAGGGUGGGUGGAGAUGAUGGCUCCAGUUUUCUCCCGAGCUGCAUGGCGCUGUGCAUGGUAUAUAAUCCAGAAUGACUUGGUUCAUGCCUGGGGUGUGGAUUUCCAGCUUGGUUACUGUGCUCAGGGAGAUAGAACCAGAAAAAUUGGCAUUGUUGAUUCUGACUAUGUUAUUCACUAUGGCCUUCCUACACUGGGGGGGACAUCACAGAACAAGACUGAUACUGAAGCCUCAACUCAGGCAGCUGAAAAAACCUCCUCGUUGGAUUCAUCGCAAGGGGAAACAUCAACGUCCGAGACAACAACUGAUGCAAGAAACUCAGUGCGGAAACAGUCAUUAACAGAUUUAGAGAGAUUCAAGAAUAGAUGGAAGAAAGCAGUGAAAGAUGACGAUUGCUGGAUCGAUCCAUUUCAGCGACCUAUGAAGAAGAAUUGCUGAUACAUACAAAGUACAGAUAUAUAUCUUUGAUCAAUACAAUCUUAUUCUUUUUAGUUGAAAUAUUAGAAGAUUUUGUAACAGAAGUAACACACUCCCAUGAUAAGCAUCAAUUUUCCAGACAGCUUAUUCUACUGCUGCAUAUAUAUCAGACAAGCAGAUGGAGGUUUUGCUUGAAUAUAGUUUAUACAAGGCCAAACAUGUAAAAUUGUAAUACCAUUAUACAUAUAUAUGAAUCCAAACAGAUUACAUAUACAUAUAUAUGAGAUGGGUGUUUUUUAUCC